GGCUCCCGCCAUUGUUGGCAUCGCGGGUUACCUGCGCUCCAAACUUCCGCGUCGCUCUUCCUCUGAUUCUACCUGACUGAGACCUGUACUUUCCCCAGAAAUCGCAGGUGGAACGCUGGGAGGCCCAGGAAAGCUAGAAAUGGACACAGUGGCCUUUGAGGAUGUAACUGUGAAGUUCACCAUGGAGGAGUGGGCUCUCCUGGAUCACUCCCAGAAGAAACUCUACAGAGAUGUGAUGCAGGAAACCUUUAGGAACCUGGCCUCAAUAGUGUGUAUGUCAGAAGAAAAAUGGAAAAUCCAUGACAGUGAAGAUCAGGAUGAAAAUCAUGAGACAAACCUAAGCAGUCAAAUGGUAGAAAGACUCUGUAAAAGUAAAGAAUGUAAUCAGUAUGAAGAAAUCUUCAGCCAGAUCCCAUAUCAUAAUCAGAAGAAGAAAACUUUUACUGGAAUAAAACUACAUAAAUGCACCUUAUGUGAACAAGUGUUCAUGUAUCAUUCAGCCUUUAACAAGCACAUGAAAUCUCACACUGGACACAAACCAUAUGAAUAUCAGGAAUGUGAAGAGAAGCCUUAUAAAUGUAAGGAAUGUGGAAAAUCCUUCAAGCAUCGCCAGUCCAUUCGAAUGCAUGAAAAGACGCACACUGGACAGAGGCCCUAUGAAUGUAGACACUGUGGAAAAGCUUUCAUUUGUCGCAAUUACUUUCAAAUUCAUGAAAGGGCACACAGCGGGGAAAAGCCCUACAAAUGUAUAAAAUGUGAUAAAACUUUUAGUUAUUCAAGUAACUUACGUAAACAUGAAAGGACUCAUAUUGGAGAGAAACCUAGUGAAUGUAAGCAAUGUGGUAAAGCUUUCAGUGGUCUCAGGUCCUUUCGAAUACAUGAAAGGAUACACAGUGCAAAAAAGCCUAAGGAAUGUACAAAAUGUGGUAAAACCUUCAGUUACUCAAGUAAUUUACAUAAACAUGAAAGAAGUCAUAAUGGGGAGAAACGCUGUGAAUGUAAGGAAGGUGGAAAAGCCUUGCGUUCUGUUACCAAAUUUCGAAGAUACAUGAUCAAGCAAAAUGGAGAUGGACUUUAUGAAUGUAAGGAGUGUGGGAAAGCCUUCAGGUGUCCCAAAAACUGUCGUAGUCAUGAAAUGACACAUAGUGGAGUAAAGCCCUAUGAAUGCAAGGAAUGUGGGAAAGCUUUCAGUUCUCCCAGGUCCCUUGGGAAACAUAGAAGAAUUCAUACUGCAAGGAAGCCUCAUGAAUGUAAGGAAUGUGGUAAAGCUUUCCGUUAUCCCAGUUCCCUUCGAAAUCAUGAAAGAACCCAUACUGGGGAGAAGCCUUAUAAGUGUAAGGAAUGUGGGAAAGCUUUCAGUUGUCCCAAUUACUUUCGAAUUCACGAAAGAACUCACACAGGAGUAAAACCAUAUGAAUGUAAGCAAUGUGGAAAAGCUUUCAGUUGUCCCCAGUCUUUUCGAAUACAUGAAAAGACACAUAGUGCAGAAAAACCCUAUGAAUGUAUAAAAUGUGGUAAAGUCUUCAGAUAUUCUAGUAACUUACGCAAACAUGAGAGAUCUCAUACUGAUGAUAAACGCUAUGAAUGUAAACUAUGUGGUAAAGCCUUCAGCAGUCACUAUUAUGUUCAAAAACAUGAAAGAACUCACACUGGAGAAAAACCUUAUGAAUGUAAGGAAUGUGGGAAAGGCUUCAUUUUCCGCUCAGGUGUUCAGUCACACAUGGUAAUCCACACUGGAGAUGGACCUUAUAAAUGUAAGAAAUGUAAGAAAGCAUUUAUUUCUCCCAGUUCAUUACGAACACAUGAAAGAACUCACACUGGAGAGAAACCUUAUCAAUGUAAAGCUUGUAGUAAAGCUUUCAGUAUUAUUAAUUCUUUACGAAAUCACGAAAGAACUCAUGUGAGAGAAAGUCUGUGAAAAUAAGGAAUGUAAGAAAGCCUUCGUUUGUUGCAUAGUCUUUCAUGGGCAUGUAAGAAUGCACACCAGAGAUAAAUUAUAGAAAUAUAAAGAAUGUAGGAAAGACUUCAGUUCUGUUUCCUUUGGGACUUACCAAAAACUCAGUGGAGAGAAUUCAAUUGGUAGUAAACAAUGUAGGAAACCUUCACUUGCCCCACAUCACUAAAAAAAACGUGUCAGAUUAUUCACUGGAUUAGAUUAUUCACUGGAUUAGUAUUCUAUAACUAAAAAAUAAAAACUUUAUAGUUUUUACAGAUAUUUUCAAGGUAGUGUGAAAAUUAAAUGAGAAAGAAAUCAUACUCAAUAUGGAUAAGCUUUGUGGACAUGAAUUCAUAUAGUUCUUAAAAUUCACAACAUUAAAGAAAUGUUAUAAAUGUUAUUCAUACAUGGUGUUUAUCAGGUAUUCAUCCUUAAAGUGAUUCUCUUUGCUAUAGACUUCCACUUUUGCAAACAGAUACUGAAGUGAGAUAAUUAUGUAGGUACUCUUAAAACAAGAGUUCCUGGGAUCCCUGGGUGGCGCAGUGGUUUGGCGCCUGCCUUUGGCCCAGGGCGCGAUCCUGGAGACCCGGGAUCGAGUCCCACGUCGGGCUCCUGGUGCAUGGAGCCUGCUUCUCCCUCUGCCUAUGUCUCUGCCUCUCUCUGUCUCUCUCUAUCAUAAAUAAAUAAAAAUUUAAAAAAAUUAAAAAAAAAAAAAACAAGAGUUCCUAAGUUUAAUAAGUAAAUUUUUCCUUAGUAAUAUUUUUGUGUUCUUGUUUUGAAGUCUCUUGGAUCUGUGGGUGAUUGAAAUGUAUUUCUAAUGUGCAAGUAGGUUUAAUUUUUAUAUAUUUAAAAAAUUCCGUAAAGAAAGGAAUGUUGAAAAAUAACACUUUUCAUAUUUUCCUUUCCUAGUGUCCUGUGGGGCAAGUAUUCAGUAUGAUUUAGCCAUUAUUUUUAUAUUCUACAUUUUUUUAAAGAUUUUAUUUAUUCAUAGAGACACA